AAGACUGCCACCAGCAUCAGAUUUCUCGCUGUGAGAGAGAGGGGGGAUAGCGCUCGCUUUAUUGAGAGAGGCAGAGAGAGAAAGAGAGAGAGCGAGAGAGGGCGAGGGAGAAACAACUCUGGACGACUGAAGACUUGCUGCUGCCACAAAUACAUAACGACAGAAACACCUACAGAAACACCUAAAGAAAAAAUCUAAAUACAUCUGUAAAAGUUACAGAUCGAGCCAUGGACGGGAUGGUAACAUUUGGACGCACUUUGCUCUUGUGCACCUUCCUGCUUUGCUUUUCAUUGCAAGUGUGCUGGGCCGCCGUGACAGUGUCAGUGACUCCCAAGCUGGAGGUGAUCAAGGGAGAGUCAGCCAGUCUGCCCUGCACCUUCAAAAUCCCUCCCUCCCUUAACAACAUCGUAGAGUGGUUCAUUGAGGAGGGUGGCACCAGGAAGCGCGUGGCGUUCCGCUCCGUGUCGGGUGGCGAGGGGAAGAGUGACGAGGGGACACGUCUGUCCGGCAGAGUGACCAUUGGAAGUGACUUCUCUCUGACCAUCUCCCCCGUGGCAGUGGAGGACCAGCUGCCUUUCUACUGCCAGGUCACUGCUGGCCCUGCCGGGGUCGGAGAGGCCAUCACACAGCUCAAAGUUUUCUUCGCUCCAGAGAUGCCAGAGGUCACUGGAUCCAACCAGGCCAUAUCUGUAGGCGACUCCUCCACACAGGUGGGUCAGUGUGUGAGCCAUAACGGUCACCCCCAGCCCAGGAUAAUCUGGUUCCAGGACUCCAAGCCUCUGCCUGAGGUCAAGGACAACAAAGAGAAGGUGUACAUGGUGCCGUCGGUGGUAAAGGAGGCAUCAGGUCUGUUCACCAUCACCAGCACCCUGAUGAUGCAGCCCCAGAAGGCUGACAAGGACAGCGUGUUCCACUGCACCGUGGAGUACAGCAUGCCCAACGACAUUAUAAAAAAGAUAGACUCUGACACCUUCUCCCUCACCCUCAACUAUCCCUCUGAGACAGCGACCUUUGUCCUGGCGAACACUGAACCAAUCAGAGAGGGUGACGAGGUGAAGAUGAUGUGUGAGACAGAUGGAAACCCUCAGCCUGAGUUUGAGUUCUACAAAGAUGAGGAAAACAUUGAGGAAGGAGUUGCAGGGGGACUUUUGACUUUGAAGUCCGUCAAGCGUUCGGAUGCUGGGGUGUACAAGUGUAUGGCCACUGACUUUGAUAACCUGGAUGCUGAUCUUAGCGGAGAAGUCACCAUCUCUGUCCACUACAUUGACCCAUUGAGUGUGAGCCCUGCUGGUCCAUUGUCAACCAUGAUGGGAGACAUGGUGGAGCUGCAGUGUAAGACCAAGGCCUCAGACCCACACACCGUCCAGUGGAAGAAGGGCUCCACGGUGCUGUCCCAGACCGGUGUCUUGUCUCUGAAGUCGGUGACAUUCGCUGAAGCUGGCGAGUACUCCUGUGUGGGCGCUGUACCCUCUGUGCUCGGGCUCACCUCCAAGGCCAGCAUCAAUCUCACUGUCUCAGGUAAACCUGAGAUUGAUGCAGCUGUUGAUGGAAUGGUGGAGAAGGAGGGAGACAUGGUGACUCUGUCCUGCUCUGCUCACGGACACCCUGCCCCACAGUUCACCUGGACACCCUCAGGAAAGGAGUCAGUGGCGGUGAAGGGUAACAAGGUGGUCAGUACAGUCAUGCUGGAGGCCAGUGCUGCGGUCCUGAAGGACGGGGUCACCUGCGAGGCCAGUAACGACCACGGAGCAGCCUCCCAUGCCUUCAAAGUCACCAUCAAACAAGCCGUAGAUCCCAACGCAGCCAAUGAUGCAGGCAGAGGGAACCAUGUGCUUAAAACAGCUGAUAAGCAGCAGGGUGGCUCCAGUGGCGUGGUGAUAGCCGUGGUGGUGUGUGUCCUAAUGCUGCUGCUGCUGGUGGCACUCAUCUACUUCCUCAACAAGAAGGGCAAGCUGCCCUGCAGCAAGAAGGACAAGAAGGAAGUGGCGAGUGGGGAUGUGAAUAAUGACAUUGUGGUGGAGAUGAAGACAGAAAAGGCCAAUGAAGAAGCUGGCCUCCUGAACAAGCCAGGAGCACAGCAGUGAGGAACAGAGGAGAAUAUGACACAAGAAGACAGAAAAAGAGGGAUGAAGGGAUGGAUGAAAAACGACAGCAGGGCUUGUUUUAUUUUUGAUAGAGGGAGAAAAGACGGUGGAAUGGAAGGGUGUUUUUGUAGGGAUGAGGGGUAACCAUGGGGGUAUUUAAACAUGAGACCUAAUACAUCACUGUCCACCAAUCAAAACUCUUGGUUGACUCCAGUGCAGAAAAGAGCUGUACAGUAAACAUGUGUCCAACGUGACUCUAGCCACAGUAACCCUUUUCUACCCCAAUCCAAACACAAAAUGCUAUUAAGUCACUGUGUGUUGCUGGUGUGUGUGUGAGUGUGUGCGUGUGUGUGUGUUUGUGAGUGUGUGUUUGUGUGUGCUGUAUUGCAUUGUGCAUCUGAGCUGUGGUUUGUUCUUAGUUCAGUCAGUGUAAAACGGAAUGUGUCCAUUCUGUGUGGAGUCUGCAUCUACCCCAUUCUGGUGGACAUGGGGAAAAACACAAACUGUCAUUCUACUGUAUUCAUCCCUACGCUGAUUAUUGUGUCACUCUGAAUUCUAUCCCGUAACAUAGAGAUUGACCGCAACUACUGUUACAUUUCAAACUUAAGUAUCAUAUUAUAUGCCCAAGACGAUGACCAGCAGCAUAUUAGGCACAAUAUUUCAGAUUGACUUUCUGACAAAACUUUUUGGUUGACCAAGGCAAGCCAGGCUCACUUAUACAGGUUAAAAGUCAUUCCAACCUAAAUCCACUCCGGCGCUCUGAUAAGAGGCCUAUAGUACUGUAUAUAAUUCUGGACUGUUCUAAGCUGGAGGAACUUACCCCUAUCUCCCUGUUUGCUUUACAGGAUGACAUGAAAUAAAAGGCUCUAGUUUUUCAUUUCAAAUCUAUAAUGUUUAUUCAUUUAUUCAAAUCCCCAUCAGCUGUUACCUUAGCAACAGCCGAGACAAUUUCUAACUUCCUGAUCCCUUUCUGUGUAAAUGUAUUUUUUCUCAAACCAAAAAGCAACAAAAACGACAAGCUAUUGGGUGUACAAAUUAGUUCCAAAAUGUUGACGAGCUUGUAUAUUGUGUAUCAGGUCAUUUGUUUUCUUUUCUGUCUCUGUAAACUGAAUACUGUAUAACCUGUCAAUCAAAUGGAGGCUUAUUGUAUACGUGAGGUGAAUCUGAAUGAAUCUGUGUGUUCACUGUGUUGUUAGAGUCCUGUCCCUGCUACAGCUCUCACCGUAUUUCAUAGCCUACUGUCCUUCUCUGAGCAAAGCCAUUUUCAGAAAUACAACACUCCCUGUUACGCUCAGCUCACCCAAUUAUCAUCCCCUAGCUCUGGAAAAUUGGAGUAAUCUGGCAAAAUGGGGAACAUUUUCGUCCUCUGUUGACAAUCUGAAAUCUCUGCCAGCUGCCCUACCAUUUCCAUCAGCACAGAUUGGCUCUGCAGGCUGGAUGGGUUGGCAACGCAGUGAGCACAGAUUCACCUACGAACGUCACACACAGGUCAGUCACAGCUUGAUGAGGGAGAGAGGGAGGGGAACAGGGUAGGUGAGAGGGGGUAGAGUG